AUGAUGUUGCGCUACCUGCUGAAGACCUUGCUACAGAUGAAUCUUUUUGCAGAUUCCAUCUCGGCUGAUUCCGUUAACUCCACCGAUCCGCUCUUCGCUUUCAACGGCAGCCUGUCCAGUUUCGGUGAUAACCUCACAGACAUUGGAAACCUGACUUAUGUCAACGGUUCUAGGCUCCGUCUGGAAGACUCUGCACCCCGGGUCAUUGAGCACCCUUCGGACCUGAUUGUAUCGAAAGGGGAGCCAGCCACACUAAACUGCAAAGCAGAAGGACGGCCCACCCCCAUCAUUGAAUGGUACAAGGAUGGAGAGCGAGUGGAGACAGACAAGGAUGACCCUCGCUCCCAUCGCAUGCUACUCCCCAGUGGAUCGCUCUUCUUCCUGCGCAUUGUGCACGGCCGGAGGAGCAAGCCGGAUGAAGGCGUCUACGUAUGUCUGGCCAGGAAUUACCUCGGGGAGGCGGUCAGUCGAAACGCAUCGCUGGAAGUUGCGAUCCUGCGUGAUGAUUUCCGUCAAACACCCAGUGACGUUGUGGUGGCAGCUGGAGAGCCCGCUGUGAUGGAGUGCCUCCCACCCAGAGGGCAUCCAGAACCAACUAUCUCCUGGAAGAAAAACAACAUCCUCAUUAAUGACAAGGAUGAGCGGAUCACGAUCCGGGGAGGAAAGCUGAUGAUCUCAAACACAAGGAAGACUGAUGCUGGUAUGUACGUCUGUGUGGCAACCAACAUGGUGGGCGAAAGGGACAGUGAGCCUGCAGAUUUAGUCGUAUUUGUCUGUCUUGUGCUUUUUACAGUGCCACCACAGAUCGUUGUGAGACCUCGAGAUCAGAUUGUAGCUCAGGGCCGCACCGUGACCUUCCUCUGUGAGACGAAGGGGAACCCUCCUCCCGCUGUCUUUUGGCAAAAAGAGGGAAGCCAGAUCCUGCUUUUUCCCAGCCAGCCUCAGCCUUUGGGGCGUUUCUCUGUCUCUCCGAAAGGUGAACUGACAAUUACCGAUGUGCAGUCAGGUGAUUCUGGAUAUUACAUGUGUCAGGCAAUCAGCGUUGCUGGCAGCAUCUUAUCCAAGGCCCUCCUGGAGGUAGAAGACGUCUCUUCAGAUUGGAUACCACCCAUCAUCCGUCAGGGCCCCUCUAACCAGACAUUCGCCGUUGACUCCACAGCACAGCUACAGUGUCAUGUGAUUGGGAACCCUCUUCCCAGUGUUCACUGGCUGAAAGAUGGGCAGAGGAUCCUGGGUAAUGACCCUCGCAUUAGCAUGCUGGAUAACGGGACCCUCCAAAUUACUAAUGUACAGGUAACCGAUUCUGGUAUGUACAUUUGCGUCGCCACAGGAUCAAGUGGGGAGACCACAUGGACCGGAUACCUGGAAGUGCAAGAAAACGGCAGCCCAACACGCAUCCUGUCAACAGAACCUGACCUACUGCCUGGCCCUCCAACUAAACCACUGAUCACAGAUGUCACCCGUAAUAGUGUCACCUUGUCAUGGCAACCAAGCCAGCACCUUGGAGGCUCGGCAGUCACGUCAUACAUCAUCGAAGCGUUCAGGUGGGGAAUGUGUUUGUUCACAAAGAGAGAUUUGGCUGUCACAAAACAUGACCAGAGUGACCUUGAGUUACUGUCAGACAUGGGCUGCUCUAAGAGGGAAAAUGUAAGUCCCACGGGACAGGGGGUGGACCAUCGGCAAGUACAGCGUGAGCUCGGGGAGGUGGGAUUGCAGCUGCAGCCUCCUGUCACCUUGACAUCCACAACCAUCCAGGUCACCUGGAUGGUUGAUCGCCAGGCCCAGUUUAUUCAGGGUUACCGGGUAAUGUACCGAACCAAGACUAGCGCCUGGCUUGUCCAGGAUGUGAAAUCUCCAGCCGAGCGCACAACCAUUCUUGUUGACUUGAAGAAAGGCACCGAGUAUGAAAUUAAGAUCCGUCCAUAUUUCGAUGAGUUCCAAGGAAUGGACAGUGAAUCUGUCAUCGUACGGACGCCAGAGGAAGCCCCCGCUGCUGCACCACAAGCUGUUACCAUAGCGACAAUUGGCUUGAGCAAUAGCACCAGUAUCAGUGUGUCCUGGGAGCCCCCCCCUGCUGAGGAGCAGAAUGGAAUCAUCCAGGAGUACAGGAUUUGGUGUCUGGGAAAUGAUACCCGUUUCCAUGUCAACAAGUCGAUUGAUGGGACUGUCCAUUCAACAGUGGUGCGGGGGUUGAUAGCUGGCGUGUUGUACCGUGUGGAAGUAGCAGCGGCUACCAGUGCUGGAGUUGGUGUACGAAGUCAACCUGCGACUGUCCUUAUCAGUCCACCUUCAGACCAGGAACCAGUUCCUGUUGAGGACAAUGAGAACGUCAGCCUGGCAGAGCAGAUCACAGAUGUGGUGAAACGGCCAGCAUUCAUUGCUGGCAUUGGGGGAGCAUGCUGGGUAAUCCUGAUGGGCUUCAGUGUGUGGCUGUACUGCCGCAGAAAGAAAAGGAAAGAACUCAGUCAUUUCACUGCUUCCUUUGCAUACACACCAGCAGUAGCUUUUCCACAUGCAGAGACCGCGGGCAUUGCAAGCAGCAGGCCAGGAAUGCUGAACGCAAACGUCACCAACUACCCCUGGCUGGCAGACUCGUGGCCAGCUUCCAACCUGAUGCGGAAUGGGAAUGGAAAGGAACCCACUGCCAGCUCCUGUAUGGCAAAGCAUGAAGCUACGGAGCGAUUCUACAAUGAUGCUGGCAUUUCCAAUUAUAUUGCCCAGACGGAAAAGUUUGGAACAAUGGUCUCGGAUGGCCCCAUCUACAGCACCAUUGACUCUGCCAGCGAUGAGAUGCGCACAUUCAAUGGGGCCUUCCCACCUCAGCAGACCACACUUUAUGCCAGCACACCUGUGGUGCCACUUGGAGUUCAGAACCAAUACACAGUCGACCCUGUCAAUGGGCACUGGGGCCUACAGCCUGGACCCUCCAAUGCCCAGUACUCACAGCCUGAACGUGGGAAGUCAGAAGCUGGUGGGAAAUCUGGGAAGCAGAAAUUAAAUGCCAAGCCGGUGAAAGCUCCACCCAUGAACUGGACAGAUUUACUCCCACCACCUCCACCCAGUGUUGACAUUGAUUCAUAUGAGGAUGAAGAAGAGUUGGACCCUAGCAUUGAUGAGUGGUGCCCCCCGCUCCCUGAAAGGACCUAUUUAGUGGAAGGCUGCCAUGAUGAUGAAGGCCCACCCCCCCCACCUCGUGGAGAGGCAUCAUCUCCGGCUACUUCAUAUGGGCAGCAAUCCACCGCAACACUGACACCCUCACCUCGGGAAGAGGCACGUUCAACCGGCCACAGUGCCACUGAGGACAUCCCAAGGCUGCAUCAGUUUGAGAUACCACAUUUACCCCGGCGACUCCCAGUUGGACCAGUCCCUCUGCCUAGACCACCAACUCCUCCACCAUCACAGAACAGCCAAAACAUGAAUGGUUCUGAAGACACUAUUGUAGAAUCUGCUGCUCCCCAUCGGCAUGGACACAGACGCAACCUGAGCCAGACACCAGCAAUAAGCAAUGAGAAUGUCAGUGUACCUGGAACAGGAAAGACGAGACACACUCCGGUGAUGGGGAAUAGCAGCAUGAACACUCCACCCAGCCAGAAAGCCCGGUCCAAAAAGAAAGCCAAGCCGAAUCAGUAUCGCCGUGAUCUCUCUCAGGGGGACCUGCCACCACCACCUGAACCUCCCCCGGCUGAUGGAAUUGUGGAGACACCUUACCUACAGCCCACUGGACUGGAGAGCAGCCUGACCUCACUGGACCAUGAUGGCAGUGCCUCAUCCACAGAGAGGAGGCCAUCAGCCGACCAGCGAACAGAGAGUGCACAUUCUCACAACAGAGCAGCUUCGGCACGGCACAAACAUGAGGAUGACUUGAUACCAUACAAUAAACCCAACUUCCUGCAACGGGGUCAAAUGUCGAGUAAUUGCUCCACAACGGGAAGUUCAUCAUCCAGAGGUUCAACAGGGUCACGGGGUCAUGUAGCAGGACGAGGCAGGGGAGCUGGUGUAGACCGUAGUGAGGAGAAGAGAUGAACGGAAGACAGGAGUGUGGAGAAGAACCAGGCGGUAGGUGAGGCAUCUGACAGAGGCACCACCCACUCUCCUCUCACUCAGCCUUGUACAGAAUGAUUUGCCUUGUACGAAAAGAUUAAAAUUUCAAAAAAAUUGAGAAAGAAAAGUUUUACGUUUAAUUUAUGACAUGUCGCUGGACAUCAGGAAAAUCCAUGUUAACUUUGUAAAUAAUUGGGAAUAAUUUUGUUUUUGUUUGUUUCUAAGCAUUUCCUGGCCUUCUGGUGAACGUAUUUAUAAAUGAUAAAAAAAAUGUUGGAUAUUAUAAGGUUAUUGUCUGAAUGUGCCAAUCUUUUUCAAUAGCAAGUAUGCGUCUAACAGACUGAACUAAAUAUAUAUAUAUUUGCACUCUGUAAAACAAGCACAACGCAUUCUGGAUUUGCCCAUCAGAUCCCCUAGGCCGCAGGGCAGCCAUCUUGGAAAAUACUACUGCGCUUCCUCUGAUUGGACAGAGUAACCGCUGCCUGUACGUCAUAUGAAUGUUACUGUCUGUGCGCCAAGAUGAUGUUUCGAUAGUGGACUGCAAUGCUGAAGUGAAUAUGCGUUGGAACAAGCUGUUAGUUAGUGCCCACUCCGUGAGAAACGUUCUGUUUUGAAGAGAAGGCAUGAUGGAAGGGUGGCUGCUGGUAUAAAGUUUUAAUGAGAUUGAAUGUAGCCUGAUAUUUUGUUGUAUUAAAAACAUUUCAUACAAAUGUU